UAGCAGUGCUUUGUCAACGCAUCAAUUGGAAGCCGGUUGUCAAAAGUGACGUCCUCCAGUUGGAUUUUGGUUUGGAUUCGUUGUUUUUGUGUAAAAUAAAGUCUUGAACGAAAUGGCUAACGUAGGGACGGUAAUAUCGAAAUUCUACAAGGAAUACAACACGAAGACGUCGAGGGAGCUGAAGAUAAUCGAUGCAUACCUGUUUUACAUCCUACUCACAGGCAUCAUCCAGUUCAUUUAUUGUUUACUAGUGGGCACAUUUCCAUUCAAUUCGUUCCUCAGCGGUUUCUUGAGCACAGUCAGCAGUUUCAUCCUGGCUGUUUGUUUACGUAUCCAAUGCAAUCCAGAGAACAGGAAGCAGUUCAAAGAUUUGAGUGCAGAGAGAGGCUUUGCUGACUUCAUGUUUGCCCAUGCACUUCUACAUUUAGUUAUUAUGAAUUUCCUCGGAUGAUUCAACAAUCCAUCACAUAAGAGAUUCAAUGAAACAACUUUUAAUUACACAUAAUUUUCAAUAAAGAAA